AUGGCUAUCUGCGACGUCGUCAGCGAUCCCUCGCUUCUUCCUGUGCUGCGGACCAGCGCCGAGACUCAGGCCCAAUGCCAGAAGCUCUUGUCCAUGCUGGAUCCGGCAUCUGCCCCUUCGUCGCCAGCUGAGUCCGAGCGGGCCCGGCUUGCCGUCUCCAAACAGCAGAAACUUUUGUUUGCCCUCCUCGCCCAGCUCCGCGGUCAGAAUCGGGAUGCCAUCCUUCGGGUUCGGGAGACCAAACAGGCGACGGCUGAAGCGCGCCAGGAAAUAGACCGGUUACAUCUACAGCUGCAGAACUUGUACUACGAACAGAAGCAUUUGAUGGGCGAGAUCACGGCUUGCGAGUCAUAUGAUCACAAGUAUCUUGCCUUGCCUUUGAUCCCUGUGGAGGAGUUCUUCGAACUAUUUCCGCAGCACCGGGAGUCCAGCGAGCAUGAACUCAUGAUCGCUCGCAUCAACCAUGAGCACGCGGAACGGGAGAAACUGGAGCAGGCUCGACAGGAGCUCCUCAAACGCAAACAAGCUCUGAUCGCGGAGAACAACAAGAGAAAGGAGGAUUUGGCCAAUCUUGAUCAGGAUUUGGAGAGAUUUAUUGAUGCCGCAAAGCCGAUCCAGAAGACGUUCGAAAAGGAAUACUAG